AUGAUCGAUGCAAUCUCCAGACUUCAAGUUAGAAGAAAUGAGGCGAGAAGGGGAAUCAGACUUUGCCGUGGGAAAGUGUCAAUGCAUGGUGGUGUAGCGAACUUCAUUGAAGAAGGAUCGAUACAGUGGGCGUCAGGUUUCAAGGAGAAAGAAAGGGAUGAACCUAAUGACAUGAGAGUUCUGUUUGAAGAUGGGCUUCAAGCGAUGAGGAUGAUCUAUUAUCCCCCAUGUCCAGAGCCGGAGAUCGCAAUUGGUCUAUGCGCUCAUUCUGAUCCCAUUGGCCUCACCAUUCUACUCCAGAUCAACGAGAUGGAAGGCCUUCAAGUCAAGAAAGAUGGUGCUUGGGUCCCCAUUAAACCCCUACAAAAUGCUUUUGUCGUCAACGUCGGAGACAUCAUGGAGAUUGUAUCCAAUGGGGUAUACCCGAGCAUCGAGCACCGUGCGACCGUGAACUCCGUUAAAGAAAGGCUUUCAAUUGCCACGGUUUACAGCCCGAGAUUGGAUGGAGAUGUUGGUCCAGCACCAAGCCUGAUUUCUCCAGAAAAUCCACCGCUCUUCAGGAGAAUAGGUGUUGCUGAUUACUUCAAAAAUCUGUACACACGCGAGCUCCAUGGAAAAGCCUAUUUGGAUUUCUUGAGGGUUCAGCCAGAGGAAAUCAUUAAAAGCUAG